AUGUUCAAAAAUUCAGAGAUCCUGAGGGCUAGAGAGCAACAAGAAGAAGAUAGGAAAAAGUUGAAAGAAGAAGUGGACCUUCGUGGCAAGCAGGGACAGGACACAACCAAGGGCGAACAAGUGUGGUACUCUCGCCGCGUCGACGACGGAUGUCUUUUACACUGGGCCAUCAUUACGCACGGCCAAAAGUACGAGCUACGCCUACCGAAUGGCAGUAUCCCGAAGAACAAGGUGCCAGAGAGCGAAAAGACCAGUUCGUUCGAGCCUGCUCGGGUGUAUGAAGCGAGGGUGGUUGCAUGGUCCUUGAAGGAAGAGAUGAAUAAGCUCAGGGCACUCAAGCUUUCGACACCGGCUAAGGGCUAUCACACCCGCGACUAUACCGUUUGUCAGAUAGGCUGGACGACGUUGACGAAAGACGAAGUCAACACCGAAUGGGCUGCCGCGCGCUCAUCCAUCGUAGCCGAGGACUUGGGAUACGACGACUGCCGGGAGCUACUCAAGAAAUUCGGCGGCAUCAUCCAGAAGCCUGAAGGAUGUGCUCUAGACUACAACUGGUUCACGGAAAGUCUCGAGACGCCAACUCACAGACUCACCGAAAUCACACCGGAUAAGGCCGUCAAGGGGUUCCAGAAUUCGAUGCAAAACGGGCUAUGGGGUGUCGCGGCCGCGGGAGCGGGUGCCGGAAUAGUGUACGGCGCUUACGAGGCUGGAAAACAGAUGGACCCUUUGAGGAGUGGUGCCAAUGCGGGUGGCAGUCUGGUCGGAUUCGUUUCCAAGAUCGAUUUUGUUCGAUAG